UCGUACAACUCUCUCCUCUCGCUUCAGCAUUCAUAGUUUAUAGAUAGUUUUCAAAGAUUCCCUUUCUUUCUCUCUUCCUCUUGAGACCGUCUUUAUCAUGGCUAUCUGUAGUUUUCUAUGUAUCUCUUGUUUAGAAGAUUCUGAGAAAAGACGAUAUCUUUGAAAUGGCCUUUUCUGUUGUUCUUUGUUCUAUGAGUUCUGUUAAUUAUUCUUCUUGAAGAGAAUGACUGUUGAGCCUGUAAUGGACGACCCCAGAGAUCAAUUUCCCAUUGGCAUGCGUGUGCUCGCAGUUGAUGAUGACCCCACUUGCCUCUUUUUCUUGGAGACCCUGCUUCGUAGAUGCAAAUAUCACGUUACGACAACUAAUCAAGCAGUCGCAGCAUUGAGAUUGUUGAGAGAAAACAAGGACAAAUUUGACCUGGUUAUCAGUGAUGUUUAUAUGCCAGACAUGGAUGGUUUUAAGUUGCUUGAGCUUGUGGGCCUUGAGAUGGACCUACCUGUCAUAAUGUUGUCUGGAAAUGGUGAUACCAAGCUUGUGAUGAAGGGAAUUACUCAUGGAGCUUGUGAUUAUUUACUGAAACCUGUUCGAAUUGAGGAGCUGAAGAACAUCUGGCAACAUGUUAUCAGGAAAAAGAAGUUUGAUCCAAAAGACUCAAAUAAUUCUGGCAAUCAAGACAACCCUCAUUGUGGGACUGCUGAAGGAGGAAUCGUGUCAGCUGGGGCACUUUUGGAUCAGAAUGGGAAGCUCAAUAAAAGACGAAAGGAUCAGAAUGAAGAUGAGGAUGAGGAGAAUGAUGAAAAUGGGCAUGAUGACUCAUCAACUCAGAAAAAGCCUCGGGUUGUUUGGUCUGUGGAUCUGCAUCGCAAGUUUGUUGCUGCUGUUCAUCAGAUGGGCAUUGACAAGGCUGUUCCUAAAAAGAUUCUAGAUUUGAUGAAUGUUGAAAAGCUUACAAGAGAAAACGUAGCAAGCCAUCUUCAGAAAUACAGGCUUUACCUUAAAAGACUUAACAGUAUUGUAAACCAGCAAGCUAAUAUGGCAGCAGCCUUGGGCGGUACAGAUGCUUCCUAUUUGCGAAUGGGUUCCCUCAAUGGACUUGAAAAUUUCCAUACCUUGAAUGGAUCUGAGCAGUUUCAUAACAGUGCUUUCAGGUCCUUCCCACCUAGUGGGUUGCUUGGUAGGUUGAACACACCUGCUGGUCUUGGUAUGCGUGGCCUUCCUUCUUCAGGAAUGACUCAAUUGGGUCAUACACAAAACUCAAGCGGCUCUACUAUUGAUCAGGUUAACUUCCAGCAGGUCAUACUUCCUGGAAGCCAUAAUGGAAGUGUACUUCAAGGAAUGCCGACAGCACUAGAACUUGAUCCACAUAUGAAUGGUGUUACUCAUGCCAGAGAGCUCUCCACUGCUAUUGAUAAUAGAACAGUUUUCCCCAUUUCCAGUGGCUUCCCGGAUGCAAAAGUAACCAUUGGUAGCUCAAGCAAUUCUCUUCUUGGUGUUACAAACAACACCUUGAUGUUAGAACAAAACCGUCAAGGAGCUCAAGGUGGCAUAGUAUUUGGAAAUCAGUCCCCUGUUUCAGUGGCCUCUUUAAAUUCAGAAUUUCCUUCCCCCUUGAUGGAUCACAAUAGAUUGAAUGAUAACUGGUCAAAUGCUGCUCAGUCAUCUGGGAUCCAUUCAAAUCCUUUUCCAUUAAAUGACUGUUUUAAACAGCCUAUUCUGCAUCAUAAUAACUUGCAGGACAAUAUGUCUACAAUGGCCUUGCGAAUUGGGAGUAAUCGUUGUGAUGUUUCUUCUGUUACUUCAGUGUCCCCUCAAUUGCAGGAUAUUAGAGCAGGCAUAGAAUGCCAAGCAAACCUGAUCAACAGUAUUAACGAUCAAAUAAGUAAUCAUGCCCCACUACAAGAGUGGGAUGACCAUAAUCAGGAUGGUUAUUAUCGCUCAAAUGUUAUGGGUAGCUCAAUAAACUCUAUGAUCCCUGUGAAUGGUGCUGUGUGUCCAACAGCUCAGGGUUUGGAACCAAAGAACACAAUGUUCCUAGCAAACAUGGAUUUCAAUUCAACUGGACAAUCAAAUUUUAUUGAUACUUUAUACCUGAAAGAUGAUCAGGUUAAUAAAUCUGCAGCAGAGGCAUCACUGAAGUUGAAGCAAGGGCUCCUCAUGGACCAAAGGAAGCCACAAGGAAGUCAUAUUUCUAGUAGUUUUGGCUCGUUGGAAGACAUAGUGGGUGCGAUGGUGAAAGAGGAACAAGAUAAGGUGACACUAAUUGAAGGAGACUUAGGGUGUGACACUUAUUCCCUUCGGACAUGUAUCUGAAUUAAACUUCCACUUCUACCAACAGAAGGAAUUGCCCUAUAAAUAUUUUUCCUUCUUGAUGAGUUUUUCAUUGUUAUAAAGCAUCUGCCAAUGUACCCACUUUUGCCUCUUUAGUUGUAUGAUACUUGAAAAGAUUAGUUUCAGUCCUAUUUAAUUAGCUUCAGCGUAGUCAUUUUUCUUGUUGA